UGUGUCUCUCAGCUGAUGCGCGUAACCACCGACCGACUCCAUCAUCAGCAUCCGACGCUGACAGCGGUCGAAGACAACCGAGCCGCGGUAGCAACGCAGAACCACUCAGAGCCCGGGCGAGCAGCACCGACGCCGUCUUGUGACAAUACUGCUGAUUCCAGGCUGCCAUCUUACCGACCAGCCAGCUGCAGAAACAUGUGUGUGCCCCCACUACCUGCAUUAGGUUGUGAUGACCCACACUACUUCCAAAUGUAUCUGUGACCCUCCCCAAUCCUGACUCCUAACCUCUAAUCCCUGACCUUUGACCUCCACUAUGGGCAGUGUUGGCAGUGGGGUGGCAGGAGAGCAGGAGUUUGCCAUGAAGUCCGUGGGCACGAGGACCACCCUGCCCCGAGCCCCUCCUCUCUCUCGCCGUUGCCCUGCAGACCGCAGCUGCAGCGCCGAGCGGCUGCCUCGCCCCCCGGCGACUAUUUCGGACGGGACGGCGUCAAGCGAUGAGCGAGGCAGUGUUAGUAUCGGGACUGGGACCUGCACCGGGACUGACCGGCCAACAGAGACAGCCUCCUCAACCCACACUGAAUGUACCAUGACCGCCCCCUCCAACAACAACCAGCUGGACUGUGGGAACGUAGCUGUCAGGAGGGAGAGGGAGUGGGACAGGGAGAGGCAGCGCGAGAGGGGCAGGGACCGGGACCGGGACAGAGACUGGGACCGGGAGCGGCUCGAGAGGGAGCGCGAGAGAGGGAGAAACCGGGGGAGGGAACGGGAACGGGGGGAGAGGGAGAGGCUGGAGCGCGAGAGGGAGCGCGAGAGGGAGAGGGCCCGGGAGCGGGAGAGAGAGAGGAUAGAGAGGGAGAAGAUAGAGAGGGAGAGGGAACGCGAGAGGGAGAGAGAGAGGGAGCGCGAAAGAGAGAGGCUGGAGAACGAGCGGAUGGAGAGGGAGAGGGAGAGGGAGAUGCAGAUGCAGGCGGCCGGUCUGGAUGUUUGUGGAAACAUUGUGGGUCGAGGAGUCAGCGAGAAGACCAGUGUGGGCGUGAACCACCACCAGCACAGAGAGAUGGUUGCGACCAGAACCGACAAUGAAAACAAUCCAGUUGGCCACAACCCACCAAACCACAACCCGCCAAAGAUCAUGGCCGUGUCAGGAAAACUGGAGCAGGCGAUGCAGAGCACCUCCGGCCUCGUCCGUCCCUCCGCCUUCAAGCCGGUGGUUCCCAAAAGCUUUCACUCCAUGCAGAACCUGGUGGGCCAGGCGGGAGGGGCUGGGGGCGAGGGAAAGACUGACGCCAGGGGCGAGGGGUUCAGUGAGGGCAGAGUAGGCAGGAGAGGCAGAGACGCAGUGGGAGGGGACGGAGGGGAGGUGCCAGAGGCCCUGCUCCUGGACCAAGACAGUCCAGUUAGGGUCAGCAGGAGUGAUGGAGGGGGAAAUGGUACUGAGGUGGUUCAGGGAGGGAUGUCAGAUUCAGGGAGAAACUCCCUGACUAGUCUGCCCACCUACACAGGCUCGGGGUCUGGCUGUGGGCCCCCAGCGGUCUUAGGGCCCCUCAGUGCUUCUACCAGCCACAUUAACAGGUUGGGCAUGGCGGGGGCAGCUGCAGGUCUGGACAAACUGGACAAACCCGGCUACCAGCAGAACGGGCUGAGUGCCUCAGACAGCGGUCGGUCCUCCUCAGGGAAGAGCUCCUCGUCCUAUCAGAGGCUGAGCCACCUGAGUGACGCUCCAGCACCUCUGCGACCCUCCCCCUCGUCUGAUGACAUCAUCCAGGACCUCGAGGACCGACUGUGGGAGAAAGAGCAAGAGGUACAGCACAUGCGCAGGAACCUGGACCAGAGUGAGGCGGCCAUCAUUCAGGUGUUUGAGGAGAAGCAGCGUGUUUGGGAGCGACAGAUGGACGAGCUGAGGCAGAACUACGCUUCACGUCUGCAGCAGGUUACCCGCCGGGCUCAGCGCUCCCAGACCGCCCUGCAGGCCCAGAUCACUCGUCUGUCUCAGGACAAAAGGAGGCUCCAGGAGGAGAUGGCGGCCCUGUUGGCUCAGAGAGAGGAGCUGGAGAGAAAGUGCCUGGACUACAGGAAAGAACAGGCUGACAUCCUGCCGCGUCUGGAGGAGACCAAGUGGGAGGUUUGUCAGAAAGCAGGUGAGAUUUCCCUCCUGAAGCAGCAGCUCAGAGAGAGUCAGGCUGAAGUGACCCAGCGGGCCGGAGAGAUGGUGGCCCUGAGGGGUCAGCUGAAGGAGCUCAACGCCCAGCUGAGGGAGCGGGAGGAGGUCAUGCUGGGUCUGAAGGAUUCCUACAGCACAAAGUGUCUGGAACUGGAGAAGUGUGAAGGCGAGCUGAGGAGGACACUGUCUGAGGUGUCCAUCCUGAGAGAGAAGUUGGGUGUGUUUGAGGCAGAGGUGCUAAGUUUAAAGCGUGCUCUGAGUGAAGCGAGCAGAGGAGCAGAAGUGAUUGUGAGCCCAAACUUGGCUGCAGCAGGGUUGCUGCCACCGUGGGGAGCUGUCCACUGCCUUCGAAACCCAACUGAGCCCCCCACCAGCUCGCUCACCCCCACGUCCGACACCCUGCUCAGCCUGCAGAGCGAUGAAGCUAAAGCCCAAAGGCAGGAAGCUCAGAGACAGGAGAGGCAGCAGCGUGAAGAAGCUCAGUGGCGCGAUGUGCAGCACCGGCAAGAUACCCAUAUGCAACAGGACAUCCAAAUGGGUCAGAACCCGCAGAUCAGACCGGAGGCCCAGCUCCGCCAGGAGGCCCAGCUCCGGCAGGAGGCCCAGCUCCGGCAGGAGGCUCACCUUCGCCACGAGGCCCAAAUCCGCCAAGAAGCACAGCUGCGUCAGGAGGCCCAGCUCCGCCAUGAGGCUCAAAUGCGCAAUGAGGCCCAGCUCCGUCACGACUCCCAACUCUGCCAGGACAUGCAGCUGCGUCAGGAAGCCCAUCAGCCACAGCGGGCGCAGGAGGGUCACUGGGAUGAGGCCGGGGAGCUGCGCAGGCAGCUUGAACAGCUGCAGGGUGUACUGCGCUUGGAGCGGCAGCAACGGGAACGACAGGCCCUCAACUUUGACCAGGAACGGCACACCUGGCAGGACGAGAAGGAACGGGUUCUGAAGUAUCAGGCACAGCUGCAGCUCAGCUAUGUGGAAACUCUACAGAAAAACCAGGCUUUGGAAAAGCGCAUGAGCCAGUUGGGAACGAAGCAAACCACAGUCUCCACCACUACUGUUACCACUACCACCACUGCUUCCCCCACCUCCUCCAACUCUCCACCUCCACCACCAGCCAUGUCGCCUUUGUCUCCUCAGCAACUCCCUUCCUUCUCUGGCCCUUCUUCCCUUUCUGGUCCUUCUUCUCUCUCUGGUCCUUCUUCUCUUUCUGGUCCCCCUUCCCACUCUGGACCUCCCUUUCUGUCUGGUUCACCUUCCCUUUCUGGUCCUCCUUCCCUUUCUGGUCCUCCUUCCCUCUCUGGUCCUCCUUCCCUCUCUGGCCCUCCUUCCCUCUCUGGUCCCCCUUCUCUCUCUGGUCCUCCUUCCAUCUCUGUUCCUCCCUCCCUCUCUGGACCCAUCGCCCUCACUCUCUCUCCUCCCUGUGAAGACCAAAAGGGGCCCCCCUCGCUCCACCAGCUCGCUCCUCCGUGGGCCGGACCAUCGCGCCUGGAGAGGAUAGAGUCUACAGAGAUAUAGACACAGAUUCAUGAAGCUAAUGCUCAGUUUUUUCUACACUCACAGUGUUGAGGCCUCUUCCACAAAACCUAUUUCAGCAUACAGUAGAAAACAAGGUCUAAAACAAUCACUUUUUCAAAGCAACAAACCUAUCAGGAACCAACAUCAUAUCAACAGGAAACUGAACUACAUUCUGCAUUAUCGCUGAAUUUUUAACCUCCUAAGAGGCCUUUCUGUCUCUCUUAGUGUUGCACAUGGAUACAUCUUACAUUACCAGAAACGUGUGCCAUGGGUUUGGAUGGCAAAAGAAAUAGAAAACAAUGAAAAAAAUUAAAAUUACAGACCUAAUACGUGCAUCAUUUAAGUCCCACGCUAGAAAAGGAACAAGACAAUCAGGGAUAUUGUCGGAAAUGAUCAAGAAUAUAUUGUGCUGUUUAUUCAUUGUAAGUCUAUGUCACUGGUUAUGUAAAAGUAGAAUUAGUGGUCAGAGUGUGUGACGUCAACUUACAUUUUGGCCAGAGAGCGCCUUACCCCAUCCUUCCCAGCAAGUGUAAGAGAGCAAAUUAGUGCUGGGAACUGAAAAAAAAAGAAGAAGAAAAAAAGAUAGAGAGCGUGGUUAUUUAUUUUCAGUGCUUUAUCUGUAAUAUCAGCACACCAGCUGCGCAAAACUAUUACACGGGGCUGGACUGUUUUCUUUUUUAAUCUCAGCAGAUGUUGACCCCUGAGGUCUCACACACAUACACAAACAUACACUGCACAGGGUCCAACACACAUGGCCCAUUUAAACACUAAGACCAAGAGAAUUUAUAUUUUCUACAAAUUGAAUUUAAAUACGAUGGCUUAGCAGAUAAUCAGCCCAAACUGAGUAUAGAUGACAUUUUUAAGCAUAAGAGAACUCCAUCAGCUCUCACUUUAGAUUCUCUGCAGUGACCAAAAAUGAAGGUCACAGGAGCACGAACUCCUUCGCUGAACUGCAAGAACGUGAAUGUACGCACACAGUUUGAAUUUGAAUAAUGUUAUGAUAAUUGUGUCUCUGUGCAUUCACUGCCAAGAAACCAGCCAGUCAGUCAGGCAGGCAGUCGGUACCCCCAAAAGGGAAACAUUUUAUAGAAUGUAUGAUAUACUUGCAGAAAGAUAUACCUAUUAUAGUUAUAGAUUGUAAAUGUGCGCGUGUGAGGAGGUAUGAGAGAGAGUGUGUGCAUGUGUGUAUACAUAUGAAAAGCUUCAGCUUAUGAGAUUGAAGAUAGAGGGACUAGUGGCAAUACAAACUAAGAAAUAUGAAGGGAAAAGAUGCGAUGCUUGUUCAAAAACAUUGAGAAUUUUAAAAUGGAAAUAAAAACACAAUGCAAUGCUUUGCAAAUCUCUUACAAGUGGAUAAAAUGAGCUGUCUUGCGAUCUCCCGGAAUGGCACUGAGACGAGGGAUGUCUGGGUUUCCCUACUGUUAUCCGGGCAGCUGCAAUGAGUGGAAUACCACCAAUGGUUGGACGAUAAACCCAUAUUUCAUUCACUGUGGAACAUAGAACACAUAUUAAAUGUGGAAACUAAUAUAUUACAUCAUUUGUUCAAGAUUGUUUAAUAAUAAUCAAACCAAAAAAUAAAAGUAUGGAGACCAGUUGCUGAAGUUUUUGGAGGACAAUGCUAUCCCAAUCUUGUCUGAUACAGGAUAGUUGUUCAAUAGUCCUGGGUCGCCACGCAGGCAAAUUCAGCCCCUCUUGAGAACAUAUGCUGCUCUGAAACCUGUGUAUACUCACUUUAUUCAUUGUUGCAGCUUUGCAGCUAAUCUGGCUUGAGAUGACUUGAGGUUUGUUCCUCUCAUGCAGGAAGCAGCCAUCAAAAGAUGGGUACACUGUAGUCAUAAAGGGGUGAACAUGGUCAGGAACAAUACUCAGGUAGGCAGUGUUUAAACAGUCUGUAGUUGAAUCUAAGGGGCCUGUAAUGUGCAAAAAAUAUAUAUAUUUUAUUUAAAUUUACUUUUGAGAGAUUCAACCUUAGAACCGCACUGCUGCAAAUGGCAGUCAAGAGUUUCUUAUCUGGAACGUAGGCCAUCCAAGAUGCUGGUCAGUCUGUGGUUCAAGCAGGGGACUUCAAGUGCCCUACUGUCUUGUUCAUGAGAGAGGAUAGGAUAGAGCAGGAGAUAAAUAGAGAAGUCAAUUGAAAUGGUUUGGGAAUCUUCUCAAGGUGCUUCCAAGGAGCAUCCCUAUGAAGGCUUUCAUGGUACGCCCAUUUGGGUGAAGACUCUUAUGAUGGCCAAGAAUUGGCUUGAGGAACUCGUUAUGUAUUCCUUCUGGGAAAGCCUUGGGAUCCACCUGAAUAAGCCGGAGAGUGUUGCUGGAAAGAAGGUGUCUGCAUGCCCAACUGUUAUCCCAACGGCCCAAUCUCAGAUAAAAGGAAGAGAAUGGAGGGAUGGAAACUGUGGUACGAUAUCUUAGUUUGUAUAUUUGCUACGUUUACUAAAUUAUCUUCCAAUGAAUAAACUAUGAGUGUGGAGCAGGGGUCUCAAACUUAAUUCCUCAAGGGCUGGUGUCCUGCAAUUUUUAGAUGUCUGUCUGCUUCAACACACCUGGCUCUGUUAUGAGCUCAUUAGCAUAGAUCUAUUGAGCUAGACUGAAUGAUAGUGACACAGCUUCACAAUUUAAUUUAAGUGUGUAGGACGAGGGACACAUCUAGAAGUUACAAGUCCUCGAAGAGUGCAGUUUGAGACCAGUAAUUUAGAAGAUUUGCUAACCAUUGCAUUGCGCUUUUAUUUACAUUUAACACAAUGUUACAGCUUUUUAAAAUUUUGGUUGUAUAAAUAAAAGGUACAUAAAAGCUUGUGAGACUAAAAUUUUACAUCGAGGGUGUGUGCAUAUCUAGAAAACUCUUACUUUCUUCUGUAUAAUUUGCAUAGACAAAAACAGAGAAGGAGGAAGUUUUAAAAAAAAUAUCUAAAAAGUGGUAAGUUUGCCUUUUUAAAGGAGAGCAUUCAGGCUAACUGCACUAUGUAGUGUCCUACACAUGAGUUAUGAUGUACAGUAGAGUCAGAUGUGAAUAUCACGGCUUUUAUAACUGUUGUUUAUGCCAGCAUUAAAAAAAAAUGUUGCUCAAGAAUAUUAACUUAUCUCUAAGGUAUUACAUAGUAUUAUCAUCUUUAUUACUGUUAUUAUAUUAUGGUGAAUUGAAGGAUGAAAAAAUAUGUGCCAUUUUAGCUUUCCUUUCUGUGUUAUUAUUAUUUUUUUAACUGUGUAGCUAGCCAAUUGGCUGCCCAUAAUGGUGCAAUCAUAGCAAACUUGUCCAAAAAAAUUAAAAAUAACAAUGUUCCUUUUGUUGUAGGUGAUGUAGUUACAGUAUUGCAUUGUUUAGAGAGAAAAAUGCUUCUGGUUUUAUACAUGUUUCAAAUUUUUAUUGUUUGCAUUUAUGUUAGUACUACUGCUCUGGCUUGAUUAAAACCAUUCAUUUGUUAAGAUUCAGCAGAACUAAUAAAGAUAUGUGAAUUAUUCA